AUGGAUUCAUACAUGGACUCCCCCAGAGACGAGGACUACGGUGCCGAUCUGUACCUGGACAACUUCAUGAGCAGUAGUCAAAUCAGCAAUUUGGACCUUUCCUCGCGGCCUCCCAGUCGUGGCAGAACUCUACCAACUCCGCCUUCGUCCAGGCCAUCAUCCGGUAAAUUAUAUCAGCCCGCGCCACGAUAUGUGGCACCGCCAGCUUCAGAAUCUAGGUGGCAGCAUACACACGACCUAAAUCGAAAUACUCGAGAACACAUCCGGCAAGACUCCCCCGACAGCAUAGAUUCAUGGGAAUCAGAUGCCGACUUUGUUGAUCGACGACAGGUCCCGCGCCAUACCCAUCAGUCGCAACAGGACUUGGCCGAGCGCAUUAACAACCUGACUCGAACCAUCAACGCCAAUGCGGCCUUUUGUGUAGAGGUAUCUGGAAAAAUGGUCAAACUAGCACGCGAGAACAAGCACCUUCUUGACGGCACCAUAUCAACUUUGGACACUUACGUGCUAAAGCCGGGCAUCGGCAUGCUCAAGACGUACUACCCAAAUCUCCAGGACGGUCUACAUGAUGGCUUCGAGGUCUUAAAGGAAUACGAGGCCCAGCUCCGGAGGACUGUACAGAACUGCACCAACGGGCGCGAUAUGGCAAGGGCACAAGGCGUGUCUGGCACAGGCAUGAUGGCCUCUGGCGGUAGCAGUGGCAAGCGUGAGAUGAACAGACUCAAGGAUCGUCUAGUAGAACAAGACGCGCUCUUAAGGGACUCAAAUCAGUACAUGUUGAGGCUCAUGCAGCAGAGAGAUGAAUUCAAGAAGCAGUUGGAUCGACAAGGUCAUGACAACAACAACAACAAUCGAGAAGGGGUGGAUUUGAUAGGAUUAAAUGCGGAUGAUCCGGCCGAGACUGACCCGUCUCAACUUGAUAUCAAGAGUCACCAAACGAGAGAGGAAUACGAGGAAGACGAUGAAGAAAAAAGAAACAUGACAAUGUUGCAGAACCAGCUACGGGAACUACAUGUGCUGGUAAGCCAGCUGCAACACGACAAGGCUUCAAACCACGAAAGACGGCUUUCAUCGGCCAACAACGGGAAACCCCGAGAAGACCUUGAAGCAGAUAAUGAGGAUUCCGGUUGGACUUUGCUAUAA